UCUUUUUUCUUUCUUUCUCAGAAACCACACCCAUCCUCCUCCUCUUUCCGCCAAUCCCCCAACUCCUCUUCUUCCCUCACCCUUCCCCUUUUCCCCUUUUCCCCCUUUUCCUCCUUGUGUUACGAUGGCUCAGGCAGCAGUUGGACCGCCGCACAACCCCAACAACGACUUGGAGAUGGCCAAUGCGCCGGACGACAGCGUUUCGUCGAUGCGCUUCUGCCCCAGCGACACGCUGGACUACCUCGUUGUCGGCGCCUGGGAUCAAACGACCCGCGUCUACAAUGUGGAUCCGAUGUCUGGCCAGAGCGAGCAGAAGAUGGUCUUCCCGAUGGACGCGCCCGUCCUCGACGUUGCAUGGCACGCGGAUUGCAGCAAGGUUUUCGCCGCUGGCUGCAACAAACAAACACACAUGUUCGAUCUUGGUACCGGCCAGUCAAUGCCAGUAGCCAUGCACGAUCAACCGAUCAAAACCAUUCGUUAUCUGACCGAGCCUGGAUUGCUCAUGUCUUGUGGCUGGGACCGCAUGGUCAAGUUCUGGGAUUUGCGGUCGCCCAAUUGCAUCAAUCAACUGCAACUGGCGGAGCGUGUGUACGCGGCCGAUGCCGUCUACCCCAUGGCCGUUGUUGCCACUGCCGACCGCCAUGUUAACUUGAUUGAUUUGCGCCAGCCUUCCGCUGACUGGCGGCAAGAGACGUCUCUCAAGUACCAAACUCGUUGCGUCGCCGUCUUCCCUCAAGCAAACGGCUACGCCAUUGGCUCGAUCGAAGGCCGCGUGGCUGUCAACUAUCCAGAGUUUGCUGCCGACGACAAACGAAACUUCUCAUUCAAGUGCCAUCGCUUGAACGAAGGUCGCUUGAACGACGGCCAGACUCGCGACGAUGUGUACGCAGUGAAUAGCAUUGUCUUCCACCCGACUUAUGGCACGUUCGCCACGACUGGCUCGGACGGCUGCUUCUUUUUCUGGGACAAGGACAGCCGACAGCGUCUCAAGCCCUUCAACCGGGCCAACCAGCCCAUUCCCUGCAGCUCUUUCAACGGUGCUGGCAACGUGUUUGCCUAUGCCGUCAGCUACGAUUGGUCGCGAGGAAUCGAUGGCGCGUCAAAUCAACGCCCCCAUCUAUUGCUUCACAGUGUCCGUCCCGAUGAGAUCCGACCCAAGCCAGCACCAGCUGCCCAACCACCGAGCUAUCUCAAGUCUGGCGGCCGGCGAUGAUGACCCAAAAACAAACCAAAAGAACAAACCAAAAGAACAAAACAAAAAAAAACAAACCAAAACAAAAAGCCAGACCAGUUUUUGUUCCCACUUUCACUUCCAACGCUCUUACUUCUCUAUUCACUUGUUAUGGUGGCUUUUUGCGUGCUUUUAGUAUGUGUCAAACCUUUCUUGAAUGUAUUUUUUUUUCAUUGUUCCAAAA